UUAUCACAACCAUGGCCGGCCCAGUGCCGCUUUUACUCUCGUUGAUAUCACUCAUGUACGUUAUGGUCAUCGUUUUCUUAGUGGUUAAUUUAUGAGAAAUCUAAUGCUAGACAAUUUUAUAUUUUUCAUAUUUGUGGUGCUUUAGUGUGCCUUUAUUUUUUAUUCAAUAAAAAAAAAAAAAUUCCUUAAACAUGGAUCUCCAAUUUGAAGAUUUGACUUACACGGUGAAACCACCUUUUUGGAGAAGAGGAGAGCCAACAAAAACUAUACUGAAAUCUGUCAGCGGGCGGUUUGCAGCUGGCGAAUUGGCAGCAAUCAUGGGGCCAUCAGGAGCCGGAAAGAGCAGUCUAUUAAACACAUUAUCCGGUUACAAUCAUAAAGGUGUACACGGAUCUUUAAAAGUUAACUCUCAAGUAAGGAAUGAAAAAUUAUUUCGUAAAAUGUCUUGCUAUAUUAUGCAAGAGGACAAAAUUCAACCUAUGUUGACACUGAAUGAAAUUAUGAUGUUCGCGGCAGAACUUAAACUCUCAAACAGUACUUUAACUAAAGAAAAACAAAUGAUAGUUUCCGAAAUUCAAAGUGUACUUGGUCUUUCAGAAGCGAAGAACACUAGAACAGAAUGCUUGUCGGGCGGUCAAAAAAAGCGACUUUCAAUCGCUCUUGAACUCAUUAAUAAUCCUCCUAUUAUUUUUCUAGAUGAACCUACCAGUGGGUUGGAUAAUGUCUCCACUACAUAUACUAUACAAUUGUUGCAUGGUUUGGCACAUCAAGGCCGUACAAUUGUGUGUACGAUACAUCAGCCAAGUGCCAGCCUGUUUCAGCUGUUCGAUCAUGUUUACGUCCUGUCCCAAGGGUACUGUGUGUACCAGGGCUCUACAGAUCAAUUGGUACCGUUCCUGUCCACUGUAGGACUACACUGUCCGCUAACAUACAAUCCAGCCGAUUUUAUUAUUGAACUGACAGACGGCGAAGAACCGCAAAACAUAUCAAAGCUAUCAGCGGCCACAAAUAACGGCAAAAUUUGCUUGUAUAAAAUGAAAAAAGAAAAAAAUGGCUGUUAUAAUCUAAUUAGUGGUAAUUUUUCGGAGCUCAAUGGUAAUAUCAGUUCUACGAAAUUACUUCCACUGCCAUCCAUCAAUUACAAGGAUAUAUCUGAAGAAGAAAAAAAUUCUAGAACGUGGUGUAUAGACUUCCCGACAUCGAGUUGGUCGCAGUUUUUGACCCUGUGGAAGCGAAUGGUUUUGCAACUUUAUAGAAACAAGGUUGGCUUAAACAUUCAAUUUUACCAUCAUCUCGUUUGCGGAUUAGCAGUGGGCAUAGUGUUUUUUGGUAUGGCCAACGAUGGUACUCAAUUUUUCAAUCACAUGAAGUUUUGUAUGGGAAACGUACUCUUCCAUGCCUUUACUCAAUCAAUGGUGCAAGUACUCGCCUUUCCGUCUGAAGUGAAGUUAUUAAAACAAGAAUACUUUAAUAGAUGGUAUGGUUUGAGACCAUAUUAUCUAGCACUUCAGCUUUCAAAAGUACCGUCUAUUAUACUCUUCAGUCAAAUAUACACUACGUGUGUAUAUUUUAUGUCAGGACUGCCUUUAGAAGGCAAAAGAUUUUUAGUGUUCAGCGUAAUCAGUUUACUCGUCGGUUUUGUAUCCGAAGGAAUGGGAUAUUUGGUCGCAUCUAUAUUCAACGUUACGAAUGGCAGUGCAGUUGGGCCAAUGAUCAUUGCUCCGUUCUUAGGGUUGGCAAUUUAUGGAUUUGACUUUGCACGUCAGGUACCGUGGAUAAUGGACCAAAUCAUGCAGGCCAGUUUUUUGAGGUGUGGUGUGAUUGGCCUAGUGCUUACAGUUUUCGGCAUGGGUCGUAAACCUCUAAACUGUGAAUCCGAGUAUUGUCACUUUAGAAACCCAAAAACUCUUUUAUAUUAUUUAAAUUUAAGUAGAGAUGAUCCUUUAUUUGAAAUUAUCAAGCUCGUCAUCAUUCUUCUUGUUUUUAGAGUAAUUACUUAUUUCACCCUUCGAUUAAGAGUCAAAACAUAAAAAUAACAAUAAUUAUUUUUUUAUAUACCUGUUAUGUAUACAUUUUUUCAAUAGCUAUUAUUAUUAAAUGUAUUUUCUAUAUUUUUUUUAUUUAUCGCAUUGAGUCCUCUAAUAUAAAAAAUUGACGAGUGAUCAACCUGACCUUAUAGUUAAGUUUUUUUUUUAAUAACAUUUUAAAUAAAUUAUUUUUUUGUGUACAUAUUUAAAAUAUUUUAUACAGAGAAUUAAAUAAGUUUUUUUCUCAAUAACCUUGUAUCAAAUUGAACUGAAUACAGUGAGAGGUUUUUGUUUAUAUUUUUAUAAUGUCUACUAAGUCAUUUAAUAUAAAUUAGUUA